GGGGGCGGCGCUGCGGCGGCGGGUGAGCAGCUCGGGGAGCCUCUGGGGUUAUUCCCUUCGUCUCUACAGAAGGCUCGAGGCGGCUUCGGCGCUGUGGGGUGCGUUGGCCGCGGAAGGGCUGCUGUCACGCUCCUCCCGAGCCCGCGUCUGGAGAGGGAAGCACCCGCUGGAAACGAACCGCUUCCUUAGGAAGCUUUGCCGCUUGGAUGGGAUAAAAAAAAAAAGUUUUGUCCUUCGUACCGCUGAGCGUGUGAACGGACUUUAAAAUCUAACCUGGAACGUUUGCAAGAAGGAAAGGUGGGGGGCGGGGGGGGAAAGUUUUCUGGUCCGGCAGCGGCAGUGCCGUCAGAGCGGCCGCCUGGAUCUGCGCUACGGCUCCGAGCAGCUGCUCCGGGCGCUCCCUGAACGGCUGCUCUGCUCUGCUCGAGAGCGGUUCCCUUUGCUCUCCUCCGAGCCCUCCGAGAUGGAGAUUUACAUAACCACGGCGGAAAUAAAUUGAUGUUUUGCCCACUGAGGCUGUGGAUGCCCCCUCCCUGGAAGCAUUCAAGGCCAGGCUGGAUGGGGCUGUGAGCAACCUGGUCUAGAGGGGGGUGUCCCUGCCUAUAGCAGGGGGUUGGAACUACAUGAUCUUAAAGGUCCCUUCCAACCCAAACCAUUCUAUGGUUCAGGCUCCUAAUCAGAGCAUUAAGUCAAGUUUCUGCCGCAGAAGCCAACCCCUGGAUGGGACCAGGUGGGCAGCAGCCCCGCGGGCUGAGGGCUUCCAUCAGCCUCAAGUAAUGAGGCAAUCCAGUGCAUCAGUCGCAGGCAAAAUGGUCUUAAAUACAUCAUCCAAAAAAUCCAGUAUGUGAGGAGAGCUGGGCAGAGUUCUGUGCUUAUUCUGUCAUUGUUUGUCCCCACGCACGUCGUGGUAGAAGAGGUUUUAAGGUAAAGCUCAGAUGAUACUCUUGCAGUCUAAAUCAAGUUUCCAGUCCCCAAGCCAGUGGUGUGAGCCAUUACCGGCAAGCUUUGAACUCAAAUAAAUUAAAGGUCUGUUGUGCAUUCUCACUGCAGUGGGCCCUGGCUGUGCUGCUGUUCCCUUGGGCUCUCGUUGCUUGUUUGUAGCCUGGUGCAUUGCUGGGAUGAGAUGGGGAGUAGGAUGAGAGUGUUGGGAUGUGUGCUUGGAAGUGUUUACCUGAAAUUUGUAUUUGAGGCUCUGCAAUAUGUUGUUUGCCUCUUCCAUAGCACCAGAGUGAAGGGUUAGAUCUAAAGGUAAAAGCAGUUCUGGCUUGGAAAAACCCCAAGCCAGUCUGCCCUGUGGAAACAUUCUAUUUCAGUGGUUGCUGGAAAUGUUUGCUGAUCGCUGGAUGUGGACUGCAGGAGUUCAGAACGUGUUCCACAUCCCGGUGUGGAAGUUCAUAAGAGAAGCUGUGUUAUUUAUUUUGUGUUGUUCUUGAAGAAACACAAUACCUCAGUGACUUUUCAAACUGAAAAGCUCAAGCACUGCUUUGCAUCCCAGAGAUGAUGGCUUUACAGACCCACUCUGCUUUUCGGCUCCAGUGCUUCAUUGAUCUUUCUCAUUGAUGCACAACCAAGACAGAGCUCUGAGCUGAGGGCGAAAAUAAGCAUUUAUUCGGAGAAAAAUGAAGACUUUUUUUUUUUUGCUAAGUGAGCUUAGUUUUGAAAACUGAGGAAAAUAACGCUGCCCAAAAACAAUGCGUUCAGGGCGGGUCCUCUGCAGCCUUCCUGCAUGACUUACUCUGACCUCCUUGUUGGACAUGCUUGUGUUGUCUUGCUUGAGGCUUUUCUGUAACGGCUCAACCUGGGACGUGUAUCUGUGAUAUUUACUGGAAGGUUAAAGCCAAACAAGUUGUAGUGCAGAAGGUUAAAAAUGAGCAGAAUUCUAAGCAGCUGAGGACUGGCAAGUCAUCCUUUUGGGGAGGUGUCGAGUGCCUGUACCUUGCUGUCAGCAUUUGUAAAAAUGCAGGGAUGAAAAGAUGUCAGUGGUUUAUGGCUCCCUGGUAGGGCUUUUCCUAGUCUGGCUAGUGUUGAAGGAGCUCGGGUUGUGGAGCUGCCAUAGGUGCAGGACUGAGAGGAUGGGGACACAGGUGGACCUGGAGCUCUCCUCCAACCACAGCUGUGCUGUUUGUGAGCCUGCUGCUCCCUGAGUAAGGCAGGAAGAUCGGAUACUUCUCAUACAAGACCUUGAGCUGCAUCUCACGUCCUGCACAUUUAGGAUCCUCUGAACUGGCAAAGAAGCACAGACCAUUUGGCUGAGUAUUUCCUGCAGACUCCUUUCUCAUCUGUGCUUGGAAGUGGCACAGCUUGCUCAAAACAAUAGCCGUAGGUUAGGGCUGUAGAAAGCUGGGAUCUGUAUGUUUUAGCUCACGCACAGCAGAGUACCUAAGUUUGUGCUUCAUUUCCUCAUUGGCUUCUUUGUGAUUUCAUCUCUUAGUCCUUGGGCUGGAGUAAAAAGAAAUGCAGUGGUGAUGAUGGCUGGUUCCUUUGCCCCCCAGCAUACAGAAUAUUGCUGCUAUUAUGGGGACUCAAGGUACAGGAACAGCCUGAGUUGUUAACUUGUUCUAACCAACAGCUUCUGGUUUAAUUGCACUGCCUAGACCACGGAGCUGGUGUAUCAAGCUUACUUAGCCUUGGACUCCUCUGUUCAAAAUGUUGCUGCUUUCUGUGCCUGUUUGGCUUCUGGGAUCUUCAUAGUUUGCAAGGGGCCAGCAGUUUGUUUAUUCUAUGAAGUCUAUCAAGUGUUCAGACUCUGCAGCAGUAAGCAGAAUGGAAACAUGAAAAAUGAACAUAGUUUUUGAUUGAAAAUGUGCCUCACUGCUUGCAUCUUCCUCACUGGUAGUAUCUUGCUUCAGAUAUUAAUAAGAAGAUUGACCAGUCUGCAUAAGUUUACUGUUGUGCGCACAGGUCAGAUUUGGAGGUGCUUGUUGCUGGUUACAUAGAAGGCCAGUUCCAGAUGUACACAAAACCAGAUUUGCCUCGGUGGCCCCAGUGGCAGCUUAAACCACAGAGCUGUGCUUCAGACAUGAUGUGUGUCCAGUUUUUCCCUUAGACAACCUUGGUGUCGGUGUGAAAGCUUCUAACACAGAAAAACCUAGGUUGGAAGGGACCUCUGGUGGUCAUCUCGUCUGAUCUCCUGUUCAAAGCAUGUUCAAUUGAAUCAGGUGCAAAAUGUCUGCCCUGAGGCUGAUUUCUAACAGAACCUCCCAGCAGGCCUUGUCUAACUCUGAUUACACCUGGGAGUAUGAGUACUAUGAGUAUGGACCAGUGUCAUUUGAAGGCCUGAAGGCUCAUAAAUAUUCCAUUGUGAUUGGAUUUUGGGUUGGCCUUGCAGUUUUUGUCAUCUUCAUGUUCUUUGUCCUGACCCUGCUGACAAAGACAGGAGCACCACAUCAAGAAAAUACAGAAUCUUCUGAAAAAAGAUUUCGGAUGAAUAGCUUCGUGGCAGAUUUUGGAAGACCUCUGGAGUCGGAGAGGGUCUUUUCUCGUCAAAUAGCUGAAGAGUCUCGGUCACUUUUCCAUUUCUGCAUUAAUGAAGUGGAACACCUCGACAAAGCGCAACAAAGUCAGAAAGGUCCAGAUCUGGAGAGUAAUAUCCACUUCCAGGAAGUUUCCAGAAGCAGUGGAACGUUAGAGGAGGACCUAAAUUGUCUUGCAAAAUACAACAUUCCUAACUUCGUGAACACGGAGCAGAAUUCUUCGCUAGGUGAGGGUGAUCUGCUCAUCUUGCAGCCACCCAGAGUUUUAGAAAGCAAAACGGCCAUGCAAUCUUCUCAUCGGAUCCUUGACUGAAAAUUCCUUAAGGUAAAAAUUCCUGUUUUUGUCCGGUUGGAAGCCGUUCUCCACCUUCUGCCUUAUUUGGUAGAAGGUAUUUCAGGCAUGUGCUUUUUUUUAUUGUACGUAAGAAUGGCUGUGCUGACAGAACAGUCCACGUGAUAAUUAAAACACUAAAUGCU